AUGUCGGCAGCUGAGAAAUCUACAGCGGUGCCGGUCGCCCAGUUUAAGCUGGUAAAUGACAGCACGCUGGACAACAAAGUACUAGACACGUCGAUGGCUGCGUUUGGCUACAAUACAGUGGAUGAUAUUUACACGCAGUCCAAGGCGUAUCAGAGGUAUAUCGAGCCUUUAGAAGAUGAAUUGAACCAGCAAGUCGAGUACGAUAUGGAUGAGCAGGAUAAGAUUUGGCUCGACGAUCUCAACAAGUUCCGUAACUCCAUCCAGAUCGCUGGUGUGUCUUACGAGAUUUUUGAAAUUAUCGUCGAUCGUCUCGAGAAGGAGUUCCUCGAUCUACAGAAGAAGUUACCGCAGAAGACACCGAAACACGCGUUCAUCGAGGAUUCCACGUGCCUUAUCUGCAACGACAGCGAGUGCGAUAACUCCAACGCUAUCGUAUUUUGCGAUGGCUGCAAUCUGGCUGUCCAUCAGGAUUGCUACGGCAUACCUUAUAUCCCAGAAGGGCAGUGGCUGUGCAGGAAAUGUACUGUCUCGCCCGAGAAUCCCGUCUCGUGCGUUCUCUGUCCCAACGAAGGCGGUGCGUUUAAGCAGACAAACAACGGAGCGUGGGCACACGUGAUAUGCGCCAACUGGAUCCCUGAGACUGGUCUUUCCAACCCUGUAUACCAAGAGCCAGUCGAAGGUGUAGACAGGAUACCCAAAUCCAGGUGGAAGCUCAUUUGUUACAUCUGCAAGCAGAAAUCUGGUGCGUGUAUACAAUGCGAUGACAGGGCAUGCUUUGUCGCGAUGCAUCCAACUUGCGCGCAGAAGUUUGGGCUUUUAUGCAAAACUCGCAAUAUUAUGCAAGGUGAUCAGUUGGAGGAUACCAUCGUUAUGAGGGCUUUGUGUCAUAGACAUCGACCAAAGACGGUUAGAAGCGCUCCUUUGUUUGACUUGGAUAAAGACGCCUCUAUUGUUCCAUCACUGGGCGCUGCAUCGACUAAAGCAGCUCGAGCUCAUAGUCACGCUUUUAAUCCUGGUCCUCCACGCGUCCCACAGUACAUUAUUGAUCGCAUUUUGAACCACAUCGACACUAUCAAAUUGGAUUACAAGUUGGAGGUUGCGUAUGAAGUCACCAAAUACUGGGCUUUGAAGAGGGAGAGAAGGAGAGGGGCUGGUCUUAUACGCAGGUUGCAUCUUGAGCCCUGGUCAGCCACUGUAAAUUCGCAGCAUAGUGAAGCAGACAAGCGACAAAAGUUGGAGUACUUGGCAGCGAUCAGAGAUGAUUUAGAACGCGCAAAGAAGCUUGCAGAUUUGGUGAUAGAGAGGGAGGCAGCUAAGCAGAACCAAGUAAAUCAUCUGGUCGAGACAAUUUUCCAUUACCUUUUCCCGCACGACAAGGCACUGCGACUGGUUUUCGAGAGGAUAGUAGCACUUGACGAGACUGAGCUUUUCGCUGAGCCAGUGUCGCUCACAGAUGCACCCAACUACCUAGACGUCAUCAAGACGCCGAUGGACUGGUCGACCAUCUACGCGCGCAUCGACCGCCGAGCAUACACCACCAAGUCACAAUUCGUGAGCGAUGUGAUGACGGUAUACGACAACGCGCUGCAUUACAACCUCGAAGGCUCGCCAAUAUACGUUGAAACGGAGACGCAAAAGGUUCAGUGCAUAGAAAUAUUAUCACAGUCUCUCCCCGCAGUAGAGUCGUUCGAGGCUGCGGAAGGUGUGAUAAGGAUGCUAAGUGAAGAGCGCGGCGUGGAGAAGAUGUUCGAUAGCACUCUCUACACGGAACCGUCGCCCGAGCCAGUGGGAGAGAGUGGCGACGCAGCAGCCCUGCCCCAACCACCGCGCUCGCGCAGGAGCAAGAAGAGCAAGCGCAAGCGCGAGUAUAAUCCCGAGCUUCACAAGGCGAUGAAGACGGAGAGAGUAGCUAAACAACGCGCAGAGGCCGAUGUAGAACUGCAACGGCUGGUGGAAGCGGGGAUGAUGAGCAGUCGCAGCAUGCGCUCGUCUACCCCAGGUGAGAAGAGAGAGGGAGAGAGGGAGGGUGGACGACGCGCGUCAGCCUCAGCUUUAGCAUCAACGCCGACUUCCACUCCCGCUCCGACUCCGACUCCAAAAAGCUUACCGGGCAGGUUGCGCGAGGCGGUUAGUGGUGUCGAUGCAAGGAGUGCUAGGAGAGGCGGCGCGAACUCGCCCAACAUGCCAAGCAAACUUAGCAGCCAAGUCUUGGAGCAGGAGAAGGAGGAGGAAAAUGAUCAGGAGGAAGAACAAAAGCAGCCAGAAGGACAUCGCAAGACGGAGCUGCACAGUGUCAAGCGAAGAUUAAACGAUACUGGGAAUGAUACCAAUAGGGAGGGCGUUCAGUCGAGUGGAUCGCCGUCCGUCAGCAAUAAGAGGAUAAAGCCUGAGAUACGCACAAGAAGUAGCAGGAGGAGCAUGGCUGCUGCGGAAGUUGAGCAUGUAUAUGAGAAGGAGAAGGAGAAGGAGCGCGAGAAAGAGAAGGAGAAAGAAGAAGUAAAGGAGAAAGAAGAAGAGAUUGAGAAUAAUAACCAAAUCGAAGAAGCUAAGCAACGGAAAGAGAAGUUUGAAACACCGAGGACGUCGCUCAGAACACGUUCCAAGGUGGAUUCAACGAAAGCGGCGAGCAAGAUAAAGAGCAAGAUGAUUGUUGAUGUCGACAAAGACGUAGGAGAGAAAGCGAAAGGUGGUAGGGAAAGCAGGGCAAUAACACCACCUGCUCAUGACACACCUUCACGGCCACACCGCCAAACGCGCCAGCCGGCUGAAGUGCGCGAAGCGCAGGAGCAACGGGAGCGAUACGAACGGCGACAAUCGGCGAGGAAGAAGACGAAGGCACCUAUGAAUAAGGCAGAAGCGUCAUCAUCAAGUAAGCUAAUUAAGCCGAACAGCAACAACAACAAUACAACCAACACCAACAACAUAAAUAACAAAAUGAACAAAAUGAACACAAAGAAAGAAGCCACCUCUAUAACCCACCCAAACGACCACACAGAAACCGAAAAGUUUACAAGUGGAUCACUGGUAUGGGCGAAAUGGGAGAAAUACCCGCACUUCCCGUCUGAGAUCUACGACAUGAAUGAUGAGGAAGAUAUUGAGUACAUACCACCAAACGUAAUCAAAGCGAAACCGCGAUCAAAGUUUGAGUGUUUAUUAGUGCGAUUCUUUGACAGUAAGAGGACAUGGGCGUGGGUGCCCACGCAUAAUCUAAUUUCACUUGGAUGGGAUGAAGUAGAUGGUCAGUAUCUCGACAGGAGUGUAUUUAAGAACACAAAGACAUACGAUGGGGUGAGGUUGGCGUAUAGGCGAGCGAUGGCAGCUUUGCAGUGA